AUGUCGGUCUCGUCCCAGCUUGAUUCACUGGAGAGUGCUUGGGCACUUUCCGACACCUUCUUCGCGGACAACUCCAUUGAAAGACAAGCUCUAUGCCGUCCAAUCUCGCUACGCAAUCCCUUCAUUUUCUACUUUGGUCACCUUCCAUCGUUCGCUUGGAUUACUCUCCGCCCCCUCCUCAACGCAAACGCACUCCACCCCACUUUUGACGACCUCUUCUCCCGCGGCAUCGACCCAGACGUCGAGGACCCCACCGAGUGCCAUGACCACCCGGCCGCACCCGUAAAAUGGCCUUCAUGGUCAGAGGUGCUCAGCUACCGCGAUGCCGUCCGCACACAAGUCCGAGAGCGAAUCGCGGCCCAGGCAGAUGAUACCAAAGAGCUGGCGCACACCAUCAGAUUGGUCGCUGAACAUGAAGCUAUGCACGUCGAGACACUGCACUAUAUGCUCGCACAGCAGCAGCGUCCGACAAAGAACUGCUGCCUUCGCGAUGCCGAGCGGCCACAGCGCGAAUUUCGCGACGAUAAACCCCCGUGCUAUACCUGGAUUGAGGUUGAAGGUGCCGAUGUGCCUCUCGGCGUCCCCUCGCACAGAGGCUUCCACUGGGAUAACGAGAGGAACGCCGCCUCAGCUGGAGUCACGUCGUUCAGCAUAGCUCAGCAUGCGGUUUCCGUGGGCGAUUUUUUGCGUUUCGUUCGCGCGGGCGGGUACUUGCGGCGGGAACUCUGGAGCAAAGGCCAUUGGGCGUGGAUUUGUCGGGAAGGGAUGCAACAUCCGUUAUCGUGGAUGUGCAAUGGAGAUGGAGCCAUGGAAGGAGAUAUUCACGUGCUCACGAGUGUGGGUCCUGGCAUGGAAGGGCAUGGCGCAAGGGUUGAUUACGCUGACAUGCUGCAAUGGCCAGUAUCAGUUUCGCUCGCGGAGGCACUUGCGUACGCCAAAUGGAGCGGGGCGUCGCUCCCGUCCGAGCCGCAGUGGCUGCUCGCGGCGUACGGUAACGAGGGUGCCCGAGGGAAUGGGGGCCAUGUCGACGUCAUGACAGGACGGCUGCACAGCGUUUCAACUGGGUGCUUGUCGACGGGCGGCGCGGUGGGGCUAGUCGGGAAUGGAUGGGAGCUGACGACGACACUGUUUGAAGAAUUUGAGGGGUUCAGGCCGACAGAAAGGUAUCCAGAGUAUUCAAAGGACUUUUUUGACUCCAAACACUACGUGUUGAAAGGGGCGAGCUGGGUGACCCAUGAGAUUCUUGUGCGAGGGUCUUUUCGAAACUUUUUCCAGGCGAUGUAUCCUUACGUGUUUAGUAAGUUUCGGCUCGUACUUCCUCAGGCGGGAGAUGGAGAAGGACGAUCGGAUGAAUGAGCGUGGUUGUGACACGCAUCGGCUUUAUCCAUUUGCGUUAAGGAUUUCCUGGGCUCUGCGGCCUCGUAGCCUCCGAAGCAUUUUCUGUGGUCUAUGUCGCCGUCAGCAAAGGAGGGCAGUCCGAGUCCAGUUUCAGUCAGAAGCGCGAUGGCCCCUCGUCGCGCUGUUAAACGCGCCCAUCCAUAGGUACAUAUAUUUGGACCAACCUUUGUCCUUCUUGUCUUUCUGUCUGUUUCCAUACCGAAGUUACUGAAAUGACUUCUGCGCUUGUGCUUUUGAACAAACCACAAGCAAACGAACCACGAUACCCCUAUUGUACUACUACUGACAGCUUUUGGGAUUAGUUUUGACCUUUUCACCUUUUGAGAUUAUACACACGUUCUGGCAUCAGCUAGCCA